CCGGCGAUGGUGCCGGUCACGGUUAGGGGCGCCUUGCUGGUUGAGAGAUAACAAAGAUCAGAAGGGAUUGCCUCGCGCACGGCAGGAAUUACCUGGUGUGUUGGAACCUCUCUGGAAACCUGCAAAGGAAAACUUGUCAGUGGCUGCAUGUGUUGAUGACUGUGGAGGUCACCAGAGCAGCUGGAGUUCCUGGCCGGUGUUGGUGUUUGGACUCGAGUUGGCUGGUCGCGGUCAAGUCUUCUCAGCGUGUUCGUUGUCUCGUUGAUGGAUGGAAAACCACCUAUGGAGGAGCUCAAAGGGGAAGAGAGAGAGAUCGUGAGAAAGAGGGACACUUUGAGCGAGUCAAAGUCCACACAUUUUACAGCAGUGACCCGUGUUCAUCCUUUUUUAUGUGCCUAUAGAAAGAAGUUUUGCAGGGCAUUUUUUCACAACUACUUCUUAUACCUGUUCAUUGUCGGCAAUGCCGGUGCACUUGUGUUUUUCGCUCGUCCUCUCCCUGUUUCAAGCAAUUCAAUGCAGCACAAUUUUCAAUAUAACUGCAUCAAGGCCACUCGUUCAGAACCAAACCCUUGUCUCUCCUCGUCAAAUUUUCGAGCUUGGGUUCUUCAGGCCUAAUGAAUCAGGAAAGCAGUACGUAGGAAUAUGGUACAAGAACAUCAAUCCCUCCAGAGUUGUCUGGGUGGCCAACAGGGACAAGCCAAUUGGGGACGCAGAUCAAUCUGCAACUUUAUUAAUUGGCGGAGAUGGAAAUCUGAAGCUUCUUGAUGGGCAACAAAACACAGUCUGGUCUACUAAUAUCACGGCAAAGUCGAAUUAUUCUGCAGCAUUGCUUUCAGACUACGGAAACCUUGUUCUUCAAGACGGGAGUGCAGAUGAAAUGUGGCAAAGCUUCGAUGAGCCAGCUGACACUCUCCUGCCAAAUAUGAAGAUGGGAGUAAACGUGAAAACGGGAAAGAGGCAAAACUUGAUUUCCUGGAAAGGCGAAGAUGAUCCCUCAUUUGGACGCUUUGUCGCCGGCGUGACAUCGGAGACCCCGCCUCAGGUUUUUUCUUGGAAUGGAUCAAGUCCUCGCUGGAGAAGUGGACAGUGGGAUAAAUCCAAGUUCAUAGGAAUAUCGACCAUCAACACCACAUACCUGAGCGGCUACAAUCUCCAGCAAAGUAUUGACCAGGGAACAUCUUAUUUUUCCUUCAGUGAUUACAACAACUCUUUCUUUGGAUAUCUUAUCAUCUCAUCAGAAGGAUCUUUAAAGUUUGUUUUAUGGAACGAUGGAUGGUCAACAUAUUGGGAGGCACCGGCACCAACUAACCAGUGUGAUGUUUAUGGAACAUGUGGCCCUUUUGGAGUUUGUGACCCGUCUAGUUCAACUAUGUGCAGAUGCUUAAAAGGUUUUAAACCCAGGUCAGAUGAAGAAUGGUACAGAGGAAAUAGGACUGGAGGGUGCCUUAGGGACAUGGAAUUGAAUUGUCAGAAUUCCACAAGUGCAGUAGCUUCGACAACUGUGGAAAAAGAUAUGUUUGCCAGAAUGAAUAGUAUGAAAUUGCCUGAUUCCGCUGAUUAUUUGUCGAGUGUAGCCGAUAAAGAAGAAUGUCAAAGUUGGUGCCUACGAAACUGCUCGUGCUUGGCCUUCUCUUUUGUGGAUACCAUAGGAUGUAUGGUUUGGAGUAGAGAUCUCAUAGAUAUUCAGCAAUUCUCCACGGCAGGCGAAGUUCUAUUUGUUCGACUUGCAGCUGCAGACGCAGGUAUACCUAUGAAGACAAAACUUGUCAUCAGCCUAAGUACUAUUUCUGUCAUCAUCUUAUUUGGAGUUGGCAUUUCAGUCUGGUGUCUCCCCAGGUGGAGAGGGAAGUUCAGGAAAAUGAAAAUCCCAAGGCUCCUUAAGUCGGUGGACACAGCCUACAAAUCAGAAGAACUGGUAGCGGCACGGAAAGAGCAAAUGAAGCAAGAAGACGCAUCAGAAUUGGUGGUUUAUGAUCUUGAUAGCAUACUCCUUGCGACAGACAACUUCAACGCAAAAAACAAACUUGGGACGGGAGGGUUUGGCCCUGUUUAUAAGGGAAAGUUGAACGGUGGUAAGGAGAUUGCUGCAAAGAGACUUUCAAGCAACUCAGGCCAAGGUAUAGCGGAGUUCAAGAAUGAGAUCCUUCUAAUAUCCAAACUUCAACACCGAAAUCUGGUCAGACUCUUCGGUUACUGCACUGAAGGAGAAGAAAAGAUACUAGUGUACGAGUACUUGCCAAACAAGAGCUUGGACGCCUUUCUUUUUGAUUCAAAAGAGAAAGCGAAACUUAGCUGGGGCACACGCUUCCGCAUUAUCCAGGGAAUUGCAAGAGGGCUGCUCUACCUCCACCGCGAUUCCUGCCUCAGGGUCAUACAUCGAGAUUUGAAAGUGAGCAACAUUCUCUUAGAUGAAAAGAUGAAUCCCAAGAUUUCAGAUUUCGGGCUGGCACGGAUGUUCGAAGGCACUCAAGUUUUGGUAAAUACUCACAAAGUUGUGGGAACACUCGGCUACAUGUCUCCCGAGUAUGCCAUGGGUGGGAUAUUUUCCGAGAAAUCUGACGUUUAUAGCUUUGGAGUACUGAUGUUGGAGAUUAUCAGUAGCAAGAAGAACACAAGUCCAGAUUACCUUGGACAGCAUCUCAAUCUCCUCACUUAUGCUUGGCAAUUGUGGUGUGAAGGCAGAGGAUUGGACCUAAUGGAUGAAGCCAUUGCAGAUGCAUUUUCGCCAUCAGAAGUGAUCAGAUGCAUUGAGUUAGGGCUCCUCUGUGUGCAGGACUAUGCCGCAGAUAGACCGAACAUGUCGGCCGUGGUUCUAAUGCUAAGUGGGCAGUCCGAUCUUCCACAGCCGAAGCAACCCACAUUUACAUUUCAGCGCUCAACGACUCACAAAGUUCAAAUUCAACCAAAAGAAGAAACCUUCUUGUCCAGGAAUACCAUCACCGUUACUAUGGUUGAAGGAAGAUAA